CGGGAACAAUAAAUCAGUUCUGCGGGACUUGAGCCCUGCUUGAUGGUGUGAGGGCAAAUCGGCAGCCCCGCCUGCACAUGGCUGUUACUCUAUUAAAAGCUUUGGAUACCAGCCAUACCUGCAAUGUGAUCGGCAUGUCGUCGGUGCAGGGCGUUGCGAGAGCUGUCGGCGGCUGGAGAGCCCACAUGCUCCUCAGCGAGUCUGACGGGGACGCGUCCCCCGAAGCCCCGGACCGCUUCAAAAAGCUCCGCUCCGGCUCAUCCCUGAAUUCGCUGCGGAUGUCCCUGCGGAAACGCCUGCCCCUGAAGCCGGUGCGAUCUAACCCGAAUGAGAAGCGCAGCUGGGAGCCGGCGCAGGACAGCCGAAAGCCGAGCGCCGUCCGCCUGCUCACACGCAGCGCCUGCAACUCCUUCGGAAGCGUCUGCCAGAAGCUUCAGAAGAAACGGGUGGGGCGGGGGGAGCGUCUGGUGGUGACACCCAGUAAGUCUCCUAGCGGCCUUCAGAACGGCUGUGUCGUGAGCCCCUCCACUGUGACCCCAAAACGGGUCAUCCAGCGCACCCCUAAAUCAGCCACCAAGAAGGUGCCCCGACUCGUCCGCACCGCGGGCCAGCAGGAUAGGGGCUCGAUGUUCUCCAGGAGACAGUUGGUGAGGGUGGUGGCUCGGAGCAGCCCGUUCGUGUCUCUUGAGGCCCAAAACCACAGCAGACGCUUUAAGCAGGACAUGGACUCUCUGUCGACUGACCUCAGGAACCUCGACGGACUCUCCCCAGCCUUUGACCGGACAGAUGAAGAGGACGGAGCCACCGGCCUGAGAGGCUUCCGUUAAGACUGCCCGACUAGGGGCGACCGCCUGGGGGGCCGCCCGCCUGCAGUGGGCUUCAGGUGCCCUGGAGACCUGAGAACAGUGAGUGUGUCCCGUAAGCCGCGCCAAACACGCCCCAAGUAGGCGUUCAAGAGGGACACACCAUGCACCUCGGAGAAGAGUCGACUCAGAUGUCUGAUUUUUGGGUGUUUGUUCACUGUCUUUACUCCUACAUACAUUAGGAAAUAUACAUGCUGUGAUGAUUAAAGUGACCGAGAGGUAUGUUCAGUUGAAUUAUGUACAGGUUAAAACAGCAAAUCUGUGACUAUUAUUUAUAGCGUUCAUUAUUUACAGUAAUUCUGUGAAGAAAACGUACACCUCUGUGUUACUGGUAGGUGUUUUGCUUUAAGACUGUGUUCCUGGUGCCAGACUCCGGGUGUGCGAUUAAUAUGAUUUUUUUUUCUGUCUUCCUCUGAAAAUGCCUGACAACCUGACAAGAGAACUUUAAUGAAAAUGUAUUUCCUACCAUUUAUCAUGCUAGACUUAGGCAUGUAGAGGUUGCCUCUGCAAUGUCUCAUUUUGGAUGUAAAACGUGUGCCUUGAUAUGUGACUUGAACCUCUGUCAGCAGAAGUAUACCUUUACAUGGAUUUUUACAUUUUGUGUUUGAAAAGAUAAAGCUUCAAUAUGUGACUUGUGUUUGUUGGGUUUAAUUAAUCUCAUAGAGAACCUGCUUCACACAUUUUCAGCAAUACUUUAGAAACAAAUAAUUUCUGACUGGUCACUUCUAUCACACAGUUCUGUUGAUCUGGUACUAUAUACUGGAAUAUUAAAUCCUUAUGAAUUUU